GUCUAGACGGCAACUCAGGGUGCCAAUCCGCUACGCUGUGGAGUCAAGGCUCGAGCUGCACGUGCGCGCCAACGCAAGGGACACUGGACCUCGAUGUGCAUCGCUUUUGGCUGCGCUGAACGCCCUCGGAUUGUGUCGACCGCCUGCAUAGUGCGCUCGCAGAGCAUGAUACACGUCUGGUAGAGACGUCCUCAACGAAUCCUAAAACACCGCCUCUCCCUUGCCAUCACCGCCUGUUGCCAUCACGACUGCGUACACUCCGUCCGCGUCCAUCGUCUACGACAAGCUCAUCAACCCUGCCGUCCUUGCACCUGUUUGUGCAAGUGCGCGAUCCUUAGCCCGCCUCACAUACCCAACUGGAUUAGCUGCCGACUCUGCGCAACCUGGCAAUUGCGGGGAAGACCCUGAACUGCUUUUCUUCAGCCUCAGCGUGACCUGCAAGCGCCGCUCUCAUCGCGACUCUGCACCGUCAGCUGUCAAACGUCCGAGACUCCAGCCAUGGCCCACCAGACGGCGCAACAUGUCCCGGGCGUGGGAGGCUACUCGCGCUUUGAGCUCGAGCUCGAGUUUGUCCAGUGCCUUGCCAAUCCCGUCUAUCUCAACUACCUGGCCCAGCAAAAGACGCUCGACAAGCCCGAGUUCGUCGCAUACCUCGGCUACCUGCAGUACUUCAAAGACCCAAAGUACACCAGAUUCUUACAUCACCCCGGCCCCACGCUGCGUGCACUGGAGUUGCUGCAGCAGGAGCGUUUCCGCCAGGACAUUCUGGCCCCAGGCCUCAUGGACAGGCUCGUCAUUGAGGGCCAGCGGAACGCCGUGCCCCCAGCGAAGAAAGAGUGAGCCGUGCCGAGCAAAAACACUGUCGAUCAUCGCGAGUUCGCUUGGUCGCUGCCAAGCAACUCCGUCGAUGCCGACAUUCCCAGGCCGACAUGUGGGCAGCUGAGAACCAAGAGCCAAGUUUGGUUCAAUAGGCCAGAACUCGUUCUCGUUCCUGUUUCAUCCCUCGUACGAAUAGUCUGCGCCACACGGCGUAUGCGACUUCCCGCGCGCUGCCAUUGGCAUUCAGCCGAAGAUGCCUGUAUCGUGAACUAAAUCGUUCUCUUAUCCACAUGCGAUCCCGUUCUUAGCGAACGUAGCGCGCGAUGCAUUUAGAAAACCUAGAAACUUACCACGAACGAAGCUAUUGACAGUGUUAGACGCUAUUGUCCGAUGCUACACAGUACCG